UGAAUUUAUGUUUGACCACAUUUGAUCAUUAGUCCUUGCUGUUGUAUGAUUCUACCGUAAACGCAUUAUCAAAUUAAUUGGCAAUAUUAUUAUACAAUAAAUAGUUUUAUUUUUAAUUCAAAAAAAUAUAAAAUAUAUCGUUGAUUUAAUAUAUUGAAUAAAAUAUAUGACUGUUAUUUUGAUUGAUCAUUUGAUAAAAUUAAAAUACAAUUUAUUAUAUUUUUUUGUUGUUUACACGCAAUAGAGAAAUUUACAGUGAAAAAUAAAUAAAUAAAUAAAAGUAAUUGUGAAAAAUAACUGAUGAACAAAGAAAUGAAGAAUUCUACUGGAUUGAUUGUAUGGUUAUUUAUUAUUGGUUUUGCAGUGGCUAGACAAAACUAUUUGUCAGAUGAUGAUAUAAAUAAUAUUCAAGAUUGGAAAUCAAAUUGUGAAAUUUGUAAAUUAUUCUCAAUAUGGAACAAAGCUCAUAAUGAAUUAAAUUUUGAAUAUUCUCAACCACUUCAAGAACAUCUUAUGACACGUAAAUCACAUCGUUCACCAUCACUUCGUCUUCGUUUUGGUCGUCGUGAUUCACCAAAACCAAAUUAAAUACAAUUUAUUUGCAUCUGAAGCAAUGGAAUUAGGCUCAAGAUUUAAGUAUAAUAAUGAAGCAGUAUAAUGAUUUUGCAUCUUCUCAAUAUUUCUGAACAUGUCUUGAAAAAAAAAAUCAAUGAAAAAUUUCUAAACAAUCAAAAUUAAUGAUAACAGUCAUAACACAUGUUUAUCAUAAUAUAUAUAAUAUGAAUUUUAUUAUUCACAAUAAAUAAAAAUAAAAAAAUAAAUUAAGCACAAUAAAUAUUUAGCGAAAAAGAUAUUUUUAUUUUUAUUAUUAUUAUUAUUAUUAACAAUAGUUUAUCAAUAUACGUGAUUAACUUAAAUAUAUUAUCAUUUAAAACAAAAAAAA